AUGGGGUCCAUACAGGUCGAGGACUUCCUUGGCCAAGGCCAACCGACUGGAGACAGCCCCAAGUCCUUCGAGAUUGCUGACCUGGGAGCUGAUAACACAUCUGCGACCGGAUUGAAGGAAGACAUCAUACUCGUGUCUUGGUUUAUCGCGCUCUUGCGGACGAGGGAAAGCAGCCAAGUCAGCUAUGAGUGGGCGUAUGGAGGCGGGGAUAGUCCAAAACGGCUGGCGAUGGAGGAAUUGAAGAUUGGACUCCAGAGCAGUGUUGAAGAGGCCGCCGGUGCGGUUUCUGACUAUAUUGCGACUGUUGCGACUGCCGUGGCAGACACAUCUGGCUCGACUUCUCUCAUUUUGAGUAACGAGUCUCUGUCGCAGACGGCUGAGGCGAAAGAUGAGGGUGUGCUUCAUCUGAAACUCGGCUUCGAGAAUGGGCGCCUUGAGAUCCGCCCAACAUGGCAUACCGAGAAUAUGCUACCGUACACAGUAUCCCGAUAUAUUAACACAUUCGUCGAUGUGGUUAAACUAUGCAUUGCGACGCCAAGUGCGCUGAUUCAGGACUUUUAUCUGCGACCGACGGACUUCGAUCUAGACAGUAUCUGGAGCUGGAACCACGUUCUACCUCCAUCGUACAAGUUCUGCAUGCACGAAAUGGUAUCAGAGCAAGCUCGCAGGUUCCCCGAAAAAGAGGCGAUCUGCUCCUGGGACGGCAGUUUGACAUAUGGCCAAGUUGACCUGUAUUCCUCUUUCGUGGCGGCCUCGUUGAAAGACUUGGGCGUGAGGGUUCAUGAUGUCCUCCCUGCAUGUUUUGAGAAGUCGAGGUGGACAAUUGUCGCGGUUCUUGGGAUCAUGAAAUCAGGAGCAACGUUUGUGCUUAUGGACCCGACCCUUCCGCUUGCGCGGCUUCAAAAUAUCGCGCAGCAGGUGGGCGCAAAGAUGAUGUUGUCAUCCAGCAAGCAGCACGAUCUGGCUACGAUGAUUAUGCCGGAUAGCAACCCUUUUGUUGUUGGGGAAGAGACAUUUGCCGACGCUUCUAAGCUGCAGAGUAUUCCGGAAUUGGCACCAGUGCCUUCAUCCGCCCUGAUGUAUAUGAUCUUUACAUCCGGUAGUACGGGGACUCCUAAAGGAGUCAAACUCUCUCACGAAACGUAUACAAGCAGCGCUAUCCCUCGAGCUAGAGAGGUCGGUUACACGGAGAACUCGAGGGUCCUUGAUUUCGCGUCCUACGCUUUCGACGUCAGUAUCGACAGCAUGCUUCUCACCCUUGGAAACGGCGGGUGUCUCUGCAUCCCCUCUGACGAGGACCGGAUGAAUGACAUUAACGGUGUGAUCCGCAACAUGCGAGUUAACUAUGCGGGUCUUACCCCCUCGGUCGCACGUAUUUUAGAUACAGACGUAAUCUCGUCACUUGAGGGUCUUGGUCUUGGAGGCGAGGCUGUUUCGGCAAGAGACUGCACGGUCUGGGGUAAACUCGCAAGAAUUAUCAUCGGAUACGGACCUUGCGAGUGCACGAUUGGAUGUACAGUGAACGGCAACGCUGCAACUGGCAGGGAUUAUAUUUCCAUUGGCAAGGGCAAUGGAGCAGCUAUGUGGAUUACGGACCCUAACGACCAUGAACUGCUGGUGCCAGUCGGUGCUGUAGGUGAACUGCUUGUUGAAGGGCCAAUCGUCGGGCAGGGCUACCUUAACGAUCCUGAGAAGACCGCGGCCGCAUUCAUCGAGGAUCCAUCAUGGCUUGUUGCAGGCCACAAAGGCUACAGUGGCCGCCGGGGGCGUCUCUACAAGACUGGAGACCUUGGGAAAUAUGACCCCGACGGCUCCGGGGGCAUUGUAUUUGUUGGGCGAAAGGACACUCAGGUAAAACUACGUGGGCAGCGUGUUGAGCUCGGUGAGAUUGAGAGUCAACUCAGAGCCAGGCUCCCUUCAGAACUCAGCAUCAUCGCCGAAGUCAUUGUUUCUCACGGCCAACCGACCCUGGUUGCAUUUGUAUCGGUUCAGUCCACGAAAAAACAGGACAGUGUCGAACUGCAAUCUAUUGAGCUCUCCGAGGAGUUACGCCAAACCAUAUCCGAGGCCGACAAGGACGUGGCGACCGUCUUGCCGCGAUACAUGGUCCCAACUGCUUACAUUCCGGUCAACUAUAUGCCAGUCUUGAUCUCAGGGAAAACCGACCGGAAGCGAUUACGAGAGCUUGGAGCCAAGAUUGACUUAAGCCAGUUGGACCAACACUCGAGCAGCUACAACCGCAGCGGGGAGCUAAGUGAGCUUGAGCAACGUCUGCGCCAGGCAUGGGCCGAGACCCUGAAACGCGAACCGGAGUCCAUUCGGCUAGAAGACAACUUCUUUGCGCUGGGUGGUGACUCGGUAAUGGCGAUGAAGCUCGUGACUAUCUCUCGAACUCACGGCCUUGAGCUCACCGUCGGCAACACUUUCAACACUCCUGUGCUAUCAGAGAUGGCAGCUGUUGUCAAGGUGUGUGAUUCGCAAACACGGACAGAAACGCGGCCAUUCUCGUUGAUAGCCCAGAGUCCCGAGAGCGCUAUUCUCGAGGCGGCGCAAGCGUGUGGAACGGAGCCGGAAGCGAUCGAGGAUAUCUAUCCCUGUACACCAACGCAAGAAUCCUUGUUCACCUUCUCACUCAAAGCAGUUGUGGCGUACGUUGCCCAGCGAGUUGCAACGAUUCCAUCGCAUAUUGACAUCGACUCGUGGAAGAAGGCCUGGGAAGACGUUGUCGCAGCUAACCCUAUCUUGCGUACUCGUGUAGCUCAGAUUUCCGAGCGCGGUCUUCAACAAGUUGUGCUUAAGGAGAAAAUCUCCUGGGGGCAUGCAACCGAUCUGGAGCAAUACCUCGAAAACGACAAAGCCGAGAAAAUGGAACUUGGCCAAAACCUGGCCCGGUACGCCAUUAUCGAAUCACACGGCAAGCAGUACAUGGUCUGGACAAUCCAUCACGUAGUCUAUGACGGAUGGUCAGAGCCGAUAGUCCUCCAGCAAGUCAGCAAGGCUCUACAGAAGCAACCUAUUGAGAUCCAAUCCCAAAUGAGGGAGUUUGUCAAGUACGUGCGUGACACGGACGAAACGGCAAUGGAAGAAUUCUGGAGACGCGAGCUGAGGGGUGCUGUUGGUCCCCAAUUUCCUCGUCUGCCGUCUCGAGACUUCCUUCCUACACCCAACGGCAUGGUUGAACGCCACAUCAAUCUAGAGAUCGGUGCUGGCUCAACUUUCACUAUUGCGACGCUGAUCCGGGGCGCUUGGGCACUAGUGGCAUCACAGUACACUGGGAGUGACGAUGUCGUAUUUGGUGAAACGCUUAUGGGUCGUGAUAUUUCUUUACCUGGUGUUGAGGGUAUUAUCGGUCCGCUAAUCGCAACCGUACCUGUUCGCGUACAUGUCCACCGAACAAGCUCUGUCGAGGCUUAUCUCCAGAGUGUCCAAAAGGCCAUGUUGUCCCGCACACCUUACCAGCACAUGGGUAUGCAGAACAUUAGAAAAGUCAGCCAAGAUGCUCAGCAUGCCUGCGAAACUGGUACUGGCUUGGUCAUCCAACCAGACCCCGAGUACGUGGGUGGUGAGCUAGGGUUCGAAGUGGGCGAUGUCGUCCGCGAAGCACUACAUUUCAACCCAUACCCGGUCAUGCUGGGCUGUGGAAUCCAGAAGGGUGGCUUCAGGAUUUGCGCAAGCUUUGAUGUCUCUUUGGUCGAAGUCAGGCAGAUGGAACGUAUCCUUGCGCAGGUUGAGACUGCGUGCUUGGAGUUGCUGAAGAAUUCCUCCAGGAGAGUCGGCGAUAUCUCCUGCGUGCCCGAGGCGGAGUUGAACCACAUAUGGAAAUGGAACCAAUUGCCUCCGCUAUCUGUGGACGAGGCAACCGGCAAGCUCCGCGCAGAUGCAGCGGUCAAGCCAGGAUCACCGUACCCCCGCAUCGCCGUACCGUGGGUAUGUGACCCGCGAAACCCUUCUCGACUGUCUCCCAUUGGCUGUGUGGGCGAGCUCUGGAUAGAAGGUGCUGUGCUCGCAGCCGAGACUGUUGAAUCCCCUGCCUGGUUGGUAUCUGGAAGCUCUACUUAUCCUGGCCGCACGGGAAGAGUGCAGUCGACAGGCGACAUGGUGCAAUUAAGAGAGGAUGGCAGUCUGAUCUUUGUUGGUCGGAAAGAGAAUGUUGUAGGGGUUCAGGGACACGCAGUUGAUAUCGCGGAUCUUGAGGCCCAUCUCAAGAAACAUCUCCCGCCGACGAUUCUCGCCGCUGCUGCCGUAUCCCAGGCACCAUCUGAGGAACCUGAGCUUGUUGUUCUUGUAGAGCAGCCUUCCGAGGAAGCCAGCGUCAACCUCCUUUCAAAGCAGCAUGUCAUAACCCCCAGUGCGUCUACCUCGCAGAAUUCGCCGGUCAUUAGUGCCGCCAUCUCCGUCAACCUAGCCUUAGCUUUAAAGAAGCUCGACAAAUUCAUCCGCGACAAUUUGCCCGCAUACAUGGUCCCGUCAACCUACGUUGUUAUUAACAAGAUCCCCACAAGUACAAAGACAGGCCAGAUCGACCACGGCCUCCUCAACGAGCUCUCUUCAGCCAUUCCCCGCCAAAUAAUUUCCCAGCUCCGUGUAGGCUUUGAGUCCGCCUGGAAGAAUCUCAACCAGAAAACCGACCUAACAGCUAACGAAAGUAUUCUACGGGCUGCGUGGUCCGCCAUUUUGAAAAUCGAGGGCGAGCGCAUCGACAUUGAUGAUAACUUCUUCCGCCUAGGAGGUGACUCCGUUCUGGCAAUGAAGCUUGUUUCAAGCCUUCGUGAACAGGGACAUACUUUAACAGUCGCGGACGUUUUCCAGCAUAUGCGCCUUGGCGAUGCUGCUAAGCGGUUGAAGGUGGGCCAAGGGCCAAAGUCGAAGAAGAUGCAAGCGCAGACAUACAUGCCUUUCUCGACUCUGCCUGCCAUCCAAGACCUGGAGCGCUUCUUGUCUGGGAAUGUUCGUCCGAAAAUGUUAGAUCCGACUUGGGCUAUUCAGGAUAUUUGCCCCGUCACAGAUUCGCAGGCUCUCGAUAUCAAAGGAACAGUCGACGCACCGCGCACUUCAAUACAGUAUACCAUGCUCAUCUUUGACAGCGGAAUAGAUAGUGAGAGAUUGCUCCGCGCUUGCAAUGACUUGGUCAGAACUCACGAUAUCUUACGCACCAUUUUCAUCGAACAAGAGUCCUCUUUCCUCCAGGUUAUCCUGCAAACCCUCGAAGCGCCUAUCACCAGGCAUCAAACAGAAAAGAAAGAUCUCAAACGAUACAUCACAAACCUCUGCGCAGCUGACAUUGAGACACCUCUUAAUUUGGGCGCCCCCUUCCUCAGCUUUUUCCACAUCCAAGGCGCCGCUGGGUCUCACGCCCUGGUCCUCCGCCUCUCCCAUGCCCAAUACGACGGUGUUUCCCUCCCGCGUCUUCUCCGCGACCUCGAAACCCUUUACUCUGGGCGCCCAAUUUCCCUAUCUACAAUCCAGCCCUUCCCUUCCUAUGUUUCCCAGAUUAUGGGUAACAAGUCCGCCGAAUCGAAGGCAAUUGCCUACUGGCGAAACCUACUCCAAGAUUCCACACUCUCCGUUCUUCAGGGCAAAUCAACUGACAAAGCCGAAAAAGGUAUCUUCCUCUCCAGCCCAGCAAACACCACAGCACAGCCGUUCGAAUCUCUUGGAUACACAACAGCAACUCUCCUCACAGCAGCUUGGGCCGUCCUUCUCUCCCGCACUAUUAAGCAAAAGGACGUAACCUUCGGCGGCAUAACCUCCGGCCGAAUCCUCGACGCUGAGAACAUUCUCUUGGACAACCCAGAGGAGAUAGUGGGGCCAACGUACCAGUUCACGCCUAUUCGUGUUCCCUUCGGUGCUCGCGAGUCAUGGACGCCAACCUCUCUGUGCCACUUCAUUCAAUCCCAGAGUGCGGAAUCGGCCGCGUACGACUUUUUGGGAUUCCGUCGCAUUGCAGAGCACUGUACAUCCUGGUUGUCGUCAUCCACUGGAGGAUUGUUCUUUGACUCUCUAGUUCAUCACCAAGACCAUGAGGACUUCGACACUAUGCCGUUUGCUGGCUGUGAAUGUGAAGUCGACAUUGUGAAUCCGCAUGGUGACUCUCCUGAUCCGGUCAAGGUUGUUUCGCUCGUAAAGGAUCAGAAGUUGCAUUUUGGAAUCGUGGGACGUGAAUCAGAUAGGGAGUUUGUCGAGAGCACGUUAGCUGAGUUGGUCGGUGUGGUGGAGGAAUUGGUUGCUGAGCCUGAAGGGCUCAUUAGACUGGAUGGUUGA